AUGGCUCGGCCAAAAAGUGUGUCGUCUGCCCCGAUAUCUGGUGAUCUGGCAGACAAGACACUGGUCCUAGACAAUGGCGCCCACACCAUCAAAGCUGGCCUCGCCGUUGGCCACGCCGAGAACGAACCAAGCCUGCACGACUGCCAUGUCAUACCCAACGUGAUCGCGCGAUCUCAGCGCGACAAGCGCACAUAUAUCGGCCCAGAAUACUCGGAAUGUCUGGACUUCGGCGAGCUGGCAUACAAGCGACCCGUAGAGAAGGGUUUCAUCGUGAAUUGGGAAGGCGAGAAAGCGAUAUGGGAACGCAGCUUCUUCGACAAAAAUGCUGCGGUUUUGCAAUGUGUACCCGAGGAGACCAAUCUCAUCCUGACUGAGGCGCCGAACUCGCCUACGGCGUUACAGAGACAUGCCGAUGAGAUGGUGUUCGAGGAGUUUGGCUUUGCCGGCUACUACAGGACUAUAGCCCCCACUCUGAACGCCUACGCGCCAUCACCAUUCCCAUCUACAUCGAUCUCUGCCCCAGGAAUACCAGUCGAAUGUCUCCUAGUAGUAGACGCUGGCCAUUCCCACACGACCAUAACGCCCCUCUACCAAGGUCGGCCCUUCCAAGCCGCCAUCCGACGCCUCGAAGUCGGUGGCAAAACCCUCACGAAUCAGAUGAAAGAACUCAUCUCCCGGACCUUCGACGUGCAUCGCGAAGAUCAUAUCGUGGGUGAGAUCAAGGAAGAUGUUUGCUUUGUUUCUCAGGACUUCAACCGGGAUUUGGAGAAGGUCUGGAAAGGCGGGAGGUAUGAUCCUAGGGAGAUCGAUGCGAGUGUGGUCGUUGACUAUGUACUCCCGGAUUACGAGACGAUUAAGCGUGGGUUUGCGCGACCGCAUGAUCCGAAGGCGAAUCUGAGGAAUAUUAUGCUGGGGAUUGGGACGGAGGGGGGGAGGAGAGAGCAUGUUCUCACGAUUGGGAAUGAGAGGUUUGUCGUUCCGGAGCUGCUGUUCAGGCCUUCGGAUAUCGGGAUGCAGCAGGAUGGGAUCUGUGGGACGAUAUUGCAGGCUAUUAAUGCUUUGCCUGAGGUGCUUAGGCAGGCCUAUCUGGCCAAUAUCGUGGUUGUUGGGGGGACGAGUAAGUUGCCUGGGUUUGUGGAGAGGUUGGAGGCGGGGUUGAGGGGGAUGGUUGAUGUAGAUCUUGUGGUUAGGGUGGCGAGGGCGGGGGAUCUGGUGAAGAAUGUUUGGCUUGGAGGUGCGAGGAUGGCGCAGAAUGAGGAGUUGGUGAAGAGUUUGUUGGGCAUCUUGCACAAGGCGCGAUACAUCGAAACAUAG